GAAAUUGUUUACUCCGAUCCGAUCCAACCAUUUGGAUAAACUUCCCUUCCAUAUAACCUUAUUUAGCUUUUCAUGGAUCAAACAUUCCAAAUAAUCCUUGUAACGUUUGCAUCAAGUCUCUGCGCCUUGAUUUUCUUGGUUCAUCAUUACUUUCAGUCAAGGAGACGAGCUUCUGAAAUAAAGGGCCGCCGGAGUUUGCCACAACCCGAUGGCGCUUUGCCUGUUAUUGGCCACCUGCUUUGCUUCGGUGGCGGCAAAAUUAUGCAUAAAGUACUCGGCGCCAUGGCCGAUAAGCAUGGACCCGAGGCAAUGGCCAUAAAGCUGGGCAGUCAUAAAGCUUUGGUCAUAAGUAGUUGGGAAAUGGCAAGGGAGUGUUUCACCACUCACGACAAGGCUUUUAGCGACCGUCCGAGAAUAGCCGCUUCUAAGCUUCUUGGCUAUGAUUAUGCUUUCUUCGGGCUUGGUCCUUACGGGGAAUAUUGGCGACAGAUGCGCAAGAUUGUCACUCUCCAUCUUCUCUCUAAUCGCCAGGUUGAAAUGCUGAAGCCGAUAAGAGCAUCAGAACUGGAGAUUUCCAUCAGAGAGCUGUAUGAGUUAUGGGUUAGCAAUGGAAAUCCUAAGCGUGGUGUCAUGGUGGAUUUGCAGCCGUGGUUUGUAAGCCUAAUCCGGAACAUCUCAGUGAGGAUGAUCGGAGGGAAGAGGUUCACCGGAGACAGCAUUGAUUGCAAUAAGGAAGUGAUUAGAGAAUUCUUUAACUUGUUUGGUGUGUUUGUGUUGUCUGAUUAUUUCCCUUUUCUUGAGUGGCUGGACUUUCAAGGGCACAAGAAAUCCAUGAAGAGAAUUGCGAAAGAGCUGGACAACCUUGUAGGAGGGUGGUUGGAGGAACAUAAGAAGAGGAGGAUGUUGGAGGAGGGCAGGGGAGCGCAGGAUUUCAUGGAUGUAAUGCUUGAAAUCAUGGAAGAUGCACACAUUUCUGGGUUUGAUGCAGAUACCAUAAACAAAGCUACAUGCUUGAAUAUGUUUGUAGCAGGAAGUGAUAUAAUAGCUGUGACUCUAACUUGGGCAUUGUCUUUGCUAUUGAACAAUCGCACUAUGCUUGAUAAGGUUCAAGCGGAGUUGGACACUCAAAUUGGAAGAGACAGAAUCGUUGAUGAAUCUGACAUAAAGAACCUAGUCUUUCUCCAAGCUGUGAUCAAAGAAACCCUCCGUCUCUACCCACCAAGCCCAGUCAAUGGUCUGCGUUCUUCACGCAAGAACUGUACCUUGUCACAUGGCUACCAUGUUCCAGCCGGUACAAAAUUGUUAGUAAACGUUUGGAAGAUUCAUCGAGAUGAAAGCAUAUGGCCUGAGCCUAACGAGUUUAAUCCAGAGAGAUUCUUGACAACCCAUAAAGACAUCGAUGUCAGGGGCCAACAUUUUGAACUCAUCCCAUUUGGAUCCGGGAGGAGAUCUUGCCCCAGGAUACAACUCUCUUUGCAGACUCUUCAUAUUUCUCUGGCCACGUUGCUACAUUGCUUUGAUUUCACCCUCCCAUCCGAUGAAAAAAUAGAUAUGAGUGAAAGUGUAGGGUUCAUAAAUGUGAAAGCCACUCCUCUCAAGGUGUAUCUUACACCGCCCCUUCCUGCUACCCUCUUCGGGCAUUAAGUUUACUUUCGCUUUUUAGUAAGAGUAAUAAUGUUUGUACCUGGUUAUCAAUACUCACGUAUGAGUCUGCAAAUGUUGUUUUUACUCCAAAACACCCAAGUAAAUAAAAAACCAUGGAACUCUGUGUAAACAUAGUGGUUUGUUACAAUGUAUGUGUAUCUUGUAAACAUUAAUGUUAUUGAGUUAUGAACAAUGUGUCUACUCCAUGUAUA